AUGCUGAGUGAAGACAAAUUUGACGCAUCCCUUGAUCUCUUGCGCAGACUCAGUCCCCGUCAUGUGGCCGAGAAUCUUUCGGCCGUUUGUUCACUUCUUCAACACGAGAACGAAACAGAGGGCGAGGAAUUGGCACAGGAUCUCCUCUCAGCGGUUGACAAACCAUUGGAAGUUGUCAGAUGCGCAGGAUCGGGAAAGUCGUUUCUUUGUUGCGAUUACAACCGAGAUGGCGACUCGUACCGGUCUCCAUACUCCAAUCAAUACUAUCCCGCAACCGGCGAUGAAGAUUCGCCAUUCCCAUCUCCUGCGUUGCGUAAAUUGGAAAUAAAGGCCAACGAGAGUUUUGAUAUCUACAGAGACUUGUACUACGAGGGUGCUGGCUUAUCUUCGGUGUACUUGUGGGAUACCGCAGAGGACGACACAAACAGUAUCCAGGAGGGUUUCGCCGGCGUUGUUUUGUUCAAGAAGGAAACCGAAGACAAAAUGGGAAGAUGGAACUCCGUACACGUGUUUGAGGUGGAGCCCGAGCUGGCUCUGCUGGCUGUCUACAAGUUGACUACUUCGGUAAUUUUGGACUUGCUGAACUCCUCGCUGGCCCUGAACUCAUUGUCUUUGGCAGGCACAAUGACUAGACAAACAGAGAUUACACAAUCGCUUUCAACAGAAGGCGAGUCGUUGGAAUGGGCACACUUGACCAACUUGGGUCAACUUGUAGAAAAGUCCGAGUCCAACAUCAGAAACUUGUUGCAAGACGUCUAUUUUGACAAGCUUAAGGAUAUCAUGUUGAAGGAUUUACGCACAUUAGGGGAUGUUUCAGAAAAGAAAGCCGAGGAGCUUAAACAAUUGGAGUUGAUCAACGGCUUACAAGGUUUGUAG